UUUAGGAAAAUGAGCGCAUAUACCUACCUGCUACCAAUGUUAUUGUUUUUAAUACGUCUGAUGAUUGACUCAUUCAUUAUGAACAUGAACCAUCGCCUAUACAAGAGCCCUUCUGUAUGGGUGCAAUGUUUUGGCUGCCGCAUGCUUUCUACAUCUGCGUGUAUGGUACAGUUAUAUACACUUCUCGAUACAGUGUAGGUAUCAAGCUCCGCAAGGCACAUAGCAGCACAAAACUGUCAGAAGCUGCGACGAGGAAAAAAAAUCUAGAACACAUCGGGUCCGUCUCGCGUCGAGUCCUUGCGUGCCAGCCAGGUUCUCCGAAAUUGCGAAAGAAAAAUCAAUCGACACCAACCACUUCAGUGCCGCGAACGUCGCGAAGGAAAGGAUGGACCAUUGGACCACCGACCGAACGGAUUCAACCUACUACUGCUGCUGCUGGUAUUGCUGCUGACUGGCUGGCUAGCUGCUGUUUCUCUUCGGUCUAUCUCAACCUAUCUAAUAGCUAGGUACUACCGCCGCCGUGGACCCCAUCGAAUAGGGUUCUCUUCAACUGUGUGUGGUAUUGUGUGUUUUAUUUUGGUUGUCUGCCGGCGGAGGACCACUAUCGCUACGAAGUCACUGGAGGACUUCCGUUCCGUCCUGUACAGAUCUGCUUGUCCUAUCAUACUCCACAGGCACGUCGUCGGUGCAGAACGUGUACAACUUCAAUUUGUGAUAACUUGUGUCUCCGGGAGCUUGAUACGAGUGAGAGUGUGAGAAGAGCGAUAUGAUCAAGUUCCGAAUAUCGCAACGGCAGAUUGUCGCGUGUGCGUUUUACUUCGUGGUGCUGGUGUACUUGCUGUGGCCGGGCAGAUUCGCCAGCCGGUAUGAGUACAUCGAGGGCGAGGAGAUCUACGAGCAGCUGGUACGGAAGACGACCAAAAAUGUGAGUCUGAUGCGGAAUGGGAUCCGUUGCGAUUACAGCGAUGUGCUGGAGGAAAAUGUGUACCUUUAUAGGAGGCCUUUCACCGAAGAGAUUAUCAAUAAUAACGUAAAGCUGGGUGGCGAAUGGUACCCGGAGGAUUGUCUUCCCAGUUUCAGUACGGCCAUAAUAAUUCCGUACCGGCAGCGGGAGAGCCAGUUGAACCAGUUCCUGAUCUAUAUGCACAACUAUUUGCGACGGCAGAGGAUUCACUACAGGAUAUUUGUGAUCGAGCAGUAUGACCCGAAGCCUUUCAACCGGGCAAAGCUUUUCAACAUCGGAGCGUUGAUAGCUAUGAAGCUGGACUUCCCGUGUCUGGUGCUUCACGACGUGGACCUGAUGCCAUUGCAAUUGGGUCAUCUGUACGCCUGCUCUCAACAGCCUCGUCACAUGUGCUCUAGUCUGGAUGUGUUUCGAUAUAACCUGCCCUACAGAGGCCUCUUUGGUGGAGUAGUUGGUAUUCAGUCACAUCAGUUCAUGAAGGUGAAUGGUAUGUCCAAUAUGUUCAGCGGAUGGGGCGGAGAGGACGAUGAUUUCUACGCACGGUUGGCGAAUAAGGACAUCGAAAUAUGCCGCUUCAGUCCGGAUUACAGUCGGUACACGAUGCUGAAGCACCGGAAGGAGGCCCCCAACAAGGAUCGGGUUGCGUUUCUGAGGAACGGGCACUUGCGGUACCAUACCGAUGGGCUGAACUCGCUGGUUUAUAAAGAGGUAGGCUUUAAGCUGCACAAUUUGUUCACACAUGUUCUGGUCGAGACGUAGACGCCGAGAGUGGAGGGCCUGUUAUCGCCGUUAUCUACUGUUUGCUUGACAAACUUUUUCUAUCCAAGGGUGUUUUCAGUAUUGUCUGGUUGACAUGAGUAGACUAAUUGAGAAGUACGUGUAUUUAUUUAACGAAUUGAGAAGAAGUGAUUUUUAUUUAUUUUUGUUAUGUUUCUAAGAGGCGGCAUCACUGAGAACUUAUUUGAUGGCUAGAACUACGGUAGUGAUGUAGUGAUGAUUCUGUUAAAUCUUCGGCAUUUUUUCCUAACCUUGUUCAUAUCUAGAAUCCUGGAACCUGAAAUAUAGAAGGGAAUGUAAAGUCAACCUAGAAAUGUCCUAUUAGGUAGUCCUCGUUGAGGAUAUUCUAGAGACAUUCAGAGGCAUUGCUUGAAAUUCUUAAAGAAAUUCAUGCUAUAAAUUGUUAUUCCUGCAGUCCAAUUUGGCAUAUUCUCGCGGACAUUUUAUCUGAAAUUUGGUUCGGCGGUGAAUUAAACUGCAUAUUCGUCCAUUACAUUAGACUACCAAAAAGAUAAUGCAGGAGUCGCCAACUCCAUCCAAUGAUUUCCUAAUUGACGAUAAUCUCGCAAUAUGGAUAAGAUAUGAACGCCGUAUCACCGAAUUAGUCAUAUAUGCCACCUAAAAAGCAUUAAUUUUCGCCAGAUUACCACACUGCUUCUCUCGUACGAAACCAAUGACCAAUGACGGUAAUACGUUUGCAAAGCGAUAACACUCUCAGUCAAUAAUUUACAACCUGCUUAUUAAAGUGUCACAAAUAAAGUUUUUCAAGCCCUAGCUGGUUGAUUGAUUUCCGUUGAUAAAAAAGCAAAAAAAAAAAACUUAUCUAUAUGACCUAAGCGCACAACAACCAAUACCAACAGCAACAACAACAACAACAGGGGCGGUUCAUUCGAUUACGUUCGGCAUGUGACUCUAUCGGAUCGAAUUUAUUAUCAUUCAAAUCUUAUUGCUUGAUGGCUAAUGCUAUUACUAGAUAACAUUUGCGCUAACAACUUCUCGUUGAUGUAAUUGAGCGAUAUAUUUUGAUUGAUAAUUUAGUGGAUAGGUUAUUCAUUUCCAGUUAGGUUAAAGGUAAAUUAUUCUAAAAUCGUUUGCUAGGUGGAAAGAGUGUGAAUGACGAUAAUGGUAAUAAAUACGCCCUGUUGUAUUUUAGCAAUAGUAGCUUACGUACAUUUUUGAAAUGGAAACAGCGUGAUUUUAACUGGGAAUCUAAUGGCAAACAUGUUUGUACAUUCGUUGCCUUAAGCGACUAGAAGCAUAUUAUUCAACAAAGUAGCAUUAAUGCAGUAUCUCAUUUAUAGUUUUCAGACAACUGUGUCGUAAUACUUUAAGUGUUUAGUAGAUCAGAAUGUGGAACUAACAUUGAUAUUAAUGAAUUAGAAAAAAAACGCCAUUUGACUUAAUAAAAUAUGUUUAAUCUUAUGUAUCCAUUA